AUGCUGCAGCAGUCGCUGCAAAGCAUGCGCAGCGCGCACAGCGAGACGUCUGCAGCGUCGAGCGGCCUGGAGGACUACUCCCCUACGGCAUGUGUCCGCGCAACAGACGGUGGGGUCGCGCAGGGGGCCGGCGGGGGCGACGGCAACUCGUUGUCACCUUUGGCAGCCGCGCAUGCAGCAGUGGCGGCGGCGGCGGCGCCGCUCACAGAGCAGCAGCAGCAGCAGCAGCAGUGGCUGGGCCGCGGCCCGCGCAUGUCUGAUGGCAGCGGCGUGCAAGGGCAGUCGCCGCUCGCGGGCGCGGCGCCCGGCUCGGCGCGCGACGGGGGCGGCGCUUGGGACGCGCCCUCUCAGGCGCCCUCGCCGCAGAGGCAGCUGCCGGGAAGCUACGGCACCCUGCCGCCCAUCGAGCCCACGGACUCGCCCGUCGUCCCCGGCUCUGGCCGGCGGCUCGGCGCCCGCGCGGCGCUGGCGACACGGCUCCGGGGCAUCCUGCGCAGCAGCAGCCGCUACGUAAGCCGCGACAGCGACGGCGACGGCGACGGCGGCGGCGGCGACGAGGGGACAAACGAAGCGGAGGAGCCGCGGCGGCGCGUGGAUGGCAGCGAAGGGACCAGGGAGCGGCUGCGGUGGGCGCUGCACCAGCGGUCGUUGGAGGGGGGUGGCGCUCGGCGGCAGGAGGAGGGGUCGCAGGGGCCGGCGGCGGCGGCGACGUAUGUUGCGGGGCGGGAAGGGGGUGCGCUGGGGGUCACGCUGCUGCCGGCCGCGGGCGGCGUCGGACGGGCCGGCGCCGGGGGCUGGGGCGGCGGCGGGGGCGGGGGCGACGCCGGCGGCGGGGGCGCUGGAGCAGGCGCGAGGGGCUGGGCGGCCGUGAGGGCUGCGCUGGAGAGCGGGCGGCUGCUGCGGCUGCCAUAUGAUGCCAACAACUACAGCAUUGUCACCAGCACGUUCAAGCGCCUGUUCCCUCGCGACUUUGAUGCGGCCAUCCCCGUGAUAAACCACAAGGAGGUGGACAUGCUGCUCAUGCAGUGGGAGGCGGCAGUGGCUGGCCUGGAGCGCGCAGAAAUGACACUGCUGCGCACGGGGGUCGAGCCCACCCAGCGCACGGCCUGCUGCAGCUGCGAGCGGGUGGAAACCAUUCCGCUGCUGCAGGAUGAGAUCCUGGACCUGGAGCAGCGCAUCGAGGAGGCGCGGCGCCGCGCGUGGGGCACCAGCUUCACGCCCUCCUGGUUUGUGUUCUUCAAGAGCCAGGCGGCCGCGACCAUGGCGGCCAGCACGCAGAUCUACGGCGAGGACACCGCCAGGUUCCAGGUGCACCCCGCCCCCGGCCCCGAGGAGGUCAACUGGCAGCACCUGUGGCUGACCUGGCGGCAGCGCGACCUGCGGAGCGUGCUGACGUGGCCGCUGACGGUCGCGGUGGUCAUCUUCCCCAUCACCCUGGUGACGAGCGCGGCGUCGCGGCUGCAGUUCCUGCUGUGCCCCACGGACACGCCCAUCUCGAAGCUGGCGCAGGCGCUGGUGUGGCCUUGGUACUGCGGCAGCACCUCCGUGGUGGCCAACUUCAUCCGCUCCCUCAUCACCGGCUGGGUGCCAGCCCUGCUGCUCAACCUGUACCUCGUGCUGGUGCUGCCGCGCCUGGUGUACCUCCUGGUGCAGAGCGAGGGCAGCUCCUUCAGCCUCAGCGCCCUGGAGCGCCGCAUCGGGGUGGUCUUCUUUUACUGGGACGUCUUCAACGUAUUCCUGCAGGGCAUCAUCGGCAGCGCCUUCUUCCAGCAGGUCAAGGCCAUCAUCUACGACCCCAAGAACCUCCCCAUCAUCCUGGGCGCGGCCCUGCCGGAUUCCUCCAACUUCUUCAUACAGUUCAUAUCCAUGCGCGCCCUGUUCCUGGUCUGGCUGCGCAUGUGCGUGCCGCACGGCGGCGUCUGGCAGAACUGGUGCCACUACCUCUGGUGCCCGCCGUGCUGCUGCUCCUUCUGCAACACGGGUGGGCGGCGCACGCGGCGCCUGCUGGUGCUGCCGCCGCUGCCGCCGCCGCCGCUGCUGCUGCUGCUGCUGCUGCUGCUGCUGCUGCUGCUGCUGCUGUUGCUGCUGCUGCUGUGCUUG